CUUUUCCUCCGUAAUACGGAGUGGCUAUCUUCCUCAAGCGAAGCCUUUUGGGAGCUAUGAAGAUAUUUUACGGUCUUACAAAGAGAGCGCGCUUCGUGGACCUGAUCGCAGGAUAGAAGAAAACAAUCAUACGGUGUAUUUCGCAACAGAAAUUGAGUUGAGCCCUUACUCUCCAGGGCCGCAAUGGCAUCGCCCAAGUUGCAUCCCGCCGAGUCAUCGCGCAGAUCAAGCAGCGAACACAGCCAAGGCAUGGCUGCUGCAUGUCACGAUGACUGUGUGGGAACUUCAACCAUGGUUGAUGCCGGGCAUGGCGCAGAUACGGCUGUGCAGGGCACACCGAACCGCGAUGAACAUGGACGCGGCUGGCUUGCGCAGCGACUAGAGGGUGAAGUUACCCUCAAGCAUGCAGACAUCAUAUUCCUUUUCUGCUACUUCCUGUCCGGACUGUGCGACAGCUCUGUUUUCAGGGCCUGGGGAUGUUUUGUUAGCAUGCAGACCGGCAACACCGUUUUCCUGGGCCUCGGAGCCUCAGACUACGCGUUCCGAAAAACCUCCAAGUGGCUCAAGUCCCUGGUUUCAAUCUGCUCGUUCGUGAUCGGCAGCUGCGUCUUCUCCAUGAGCAGAUGGAUCGGUCCGCAGAAGCGGCGCACCCUCGUCAGCACAUUCGCGAUCCAGUGCGCCCUCCUCAUCAUCGCUGCAUCCCUGCUCCAGUCUGGCGCGAUUUCGGGGAAGACGGGACCCCAAUCCAGCAGCGGCGGCAGCGGCAGCGGGAUCGUCACCGCAGAUGACCCUCAGCCGGACAAGGCCAUGUUUCUCGAACUCGUCCCCAUCGCGCUCGUUGCCUUCCAGUCCUCCGGGCAGAUGGCGGCCAGCCGCCUUCUCGGAUUCAACGAGAUCCCCACGACCGUCCUGACCAGUCUGUACUACGACCUCGCGUCCGAUCCGGGGCUGCUACUGCCCCUAUCGCAGAACGUAAAACGAAACAGACGGCUCAACGCCGCGAUUGGCGUUAUUGCCGGCGCAAUCUUUGGCGGGUGGCUGGCGCGCGCGACCGGGGGCAUCGAGACGGCGUUGUGGAUUGCGGCGGCUAGCAAGUUCGUGAUAGCGAAUAGCUGGUUGUUCUGGAAGGGAGAGCAGAAGAUCCCGUCGCCAGUUUGACGAGCAUAAUUGGCUGGCGGGUGGAAAUGGAUUUGCUUACAGUAUUACGAUGAAGGCGGCGCUUGCAUGUUGCUGACGGGCUUUCCCGGUGGCCUGCGCCGUAAAACACAAAAGUCUUACUGUUUAUAAAGAGAUAGAUAUGUAGAUACCCCCCCCCAAAUGGACGACACCCUCACGAUAGACAUACCAUACAGAGAAUACGAGGGAACUAACAUUC